GAGAGUGUAAUUUCUACUCCGUGCUGUGUGCUAUUUCGAAAAAUUUACUUCGCCUCUGAUUUGCCAAAAGUUGAAGGCAUUUGGCAAACUGCAAGUUUGGAUUUUGGUAUGCAAGACACGGUGAUGUCGUCAGAGUACUCAUUCUGUAGCGAGGGAGGCUUCGACGAACUAUCGAGUUCCUCCGAUUCUGGUUUCGAUGUUAGCUUCGAAUCACCGAAACACGAAGUACCAGCCGACACUCUAUUCCCUCCGAUUAAAGAAGAAAAACGUAAAAAAACGCGGAACACUCGUUGCAAAAGUCCCACGCAGGUGCUCAGACUAAAGAGAAAUCGGCGGAUGAAGGCGAACGACCGCGAGCGUCACAGAAUGCAUACGCUGAACGACGCCCUGGAACGUCUGAGGAUGGCCCUGCCGACCUUUCCCGAAGACACUAAGCUCACGAAGAUUGAGACGCUCCGUUUCGCGCACAACUACAUCUGGGCACUAUCGCAGACCUUGGGCAACGCCGAAAGCGGUGAGAUCACGGUGAAUGUCGGCAGCGUUACCGUCAGCAUCACCGAUAACGGCAAUAUGAUUACCUCGUCAACCGGAAGCUGCGCGGUGGCGGCUCAAAAGAGACUUGGACCGCAACAUACCGCGGGUUUCCCGUAUCCACCUCAGGAGCGAUUCGUCGCGCCGGAAUGGCAGGAGUACGAUUGCUACAGCGAUCAGAGCGUGAGUCCGCCGAUGCAAUAUCAGCCCUGCUACGAUCAGAGGAUGUACCAGGUCCAUCGUCCUCAGCAUCAGCUAGCGCCGCCGUCUCAUCAUCACAUGUCUCAUCACAACAACAUGUAUCAGUGUCUUUAAACGUCGACCAAGUGCAGAUAAAUUCUAACGGGUUAAACAAGCUAGUUUCUCUUCAGCGUUCAUUGUCUUUAUUUGUAAAUACAGCUCGGUCUCUCUCUGUCUAUGCUGUUACAAAUACUUAAGAGACACAAGAAUAAUUAUCUUCUGGAUAACUUAAUCAAAAAAUUAACUAGAGGAAGAAAUCGAGUAUAACUGUAGUUGAAGAGUGUUCUUCUUUCCAAAGAGCUGACGUGAUUGUAAAAAGAAAGGACAGUGCUAUGAUUAUCGUUAUCUACUUUAUAAGAGAGUAUUUUAUUCGAGAGGAGUAUCGAAUCGCUUUUACUUAUAGCGUAAGUCGAUUAGAAAGCUUUUCCAAUUCUCCCCAUAGCAUACUUUGCAUCGUUCACAAAGAUGGUAAAUCUUAUAAACAAGACAAAUAGCAAUACUUUUACAGGAUUAUCGCUUUUAUAUCAAAAUUAUACAAACUUGUUCCUAAUGCUAAUAUUAAACGUAAUUUACUUUUACGUUUUAGUGCGAAAAAAAGUUGGUUUUAUCAUUGACGGUUAAUUACAGAUAAUUAAUGAAUGAUAAAUUUCUUACCGUAACAUUUGCGUUCCUUUUGUUCUAGUCAGUAUUUCUUAGUUGAUCUCGGCCGCUCGAUCUCAUUUUUGUUCAACUUAUCUUAAGAUAUAUAUAUAUAAGCUUUUAAAUUAAUUAAAAAAUAUAUAAUGCCCACCAGUGCUCUUAUUAUAAUACGCAACUGCUGAUUCAGGGAAUAUAUUGUAUAUAAUU